UUUUUUUUCUCUCUCUUCUGCAAGUAUUUCAUCUCCAUAAGCUUCCAAACAAAGAGAAUUAAUGGAAAGUGAGAUUUGCAAGGUUUAUUCUCCUUGUUGUCCUCGGAUAUGUUCACGAUGAAACAGCAAAUAAAAACCCUUAUCUGGUUAAUGGGUGUUUCUCUCUCUAUUGAUUCCAUAAUUUUAGCACAUGCUUAUGGCAACAACAACUAUAGAUCCCUCUUUCCAAUAUAACUGCUCUCUCUAUGCAACUGCAGCCCUUUCAAUCCAUGGCUCGCUUUGAGGAAAUCAUCAACAACCUCAUCAAUCAUCUCCAUCUCCAUCGGUUUAGGCGGUUUGGGUUUCUUGGUUCUCGGAUAUGACCAUGGUUCCUGCUCAAACCCUUUCUAAACAGCAACAGCAACAGCAACAGCAACAACAAAGUCAUCUUUUUUACGGCGGUUAUGGUGGUUGCGGCGGCGGCGGCGGUUUUUCGGACAGCAGCUUUGGUCUUAUGAGCCGAUUAGAAGAAGGUUAUGACUAUUGUAUUAGUGAAGCUUGCUUAGGAUUUGAUCUAGUGCCUAAUAAUCCUCCCAUGGCUGAAGAUGAAUCGAGAACUAAUAGUCUUAAUGAACCUACUGGUUCCAGCUCCAGAGAUAAUAUUCAACAAGACAGAGAUGAAGGGUGGCUCCAAUUGAGUAUAGGUGGUCAAACAACAAGCCAUAAAAGCAAACAUCGUCAAGUGGAUCCAACGGCUACAAGAGGAGGAUUGAUCGAGCUUGAUCUAUUGCCAGGUAGCAGCACUUCGCACCAAGGAAGGCCAUUGAGCGCUCCUAUUUUCCAUGAUUCUGCUCACGAGUUUAAAGCUCCUGCGAGGCCACUGAUCAGUAUUGCAGGAGGCAGCAGUAGCUAUACUACUGCUUCUUUAUUCUUUCAACACCAACCAGGAACCAUCUCCACGUAUCCUCCUCACCACCAUCAAGAGAUUAACUGGGCAUUUAGACCUAUGACUCAUAAUAUAGCAACUAUGGCUUCUUCUCAUUCUCCUUCUCAAUCCUCUCCUUCUCUAAUGCCAAUGGGGUCCUAUUUUUCGAGUCCCUUUCAAGUCCGUAGUGGAAUAGAUGUUGCUGGACCAAGUUCUGACUUUAGAGUCAUUGAUCCUCCAAGAAGAACCCAUUCUGGCAUUUGGUUUACACUCCAAGCGUCUCAAAACCAAGCCAAAGAACCGUUUUUGCCUCAAAUAUCCAAGAGCUACCUGAGAAUCAAGGAUGGGAAGAUGACAGUUCGGUUAUUAAUGAAGUAUCUGGUUAACAAGCUGAAACUGGAUAGCGAAUCAGAGCAGGUAGAAAUAACAUGUAGAGGGCAACAGCUUCUACCUUUCUUGACGUUGCAGCAUGUAAGAGAUAACAUAUGGAGCCCAAGAGAUGAAGAACUCACUUUGCUUCCACAUUCCUCAACCACUGAUCAUGUCAUGGUGCUGCAUUAUGCUAGGACUCCUCAUCAAACAUGAAACAAAACAAAUUUCUAUUUUAAUUCACUCUCUCUUUCUCUCA